CAGAUGAAAUAGACCACAAUAUCACACAAUUAAGACAAUGCACAACCAUACCACCAUUUAUUAAUUCACAUGGUGUUUUUCAGGGCGAUAGUAACCUUUUGGAGGCUCAAUUGCCCAGGUUGGAGCUACUUAUGUUUGCAAUCUUCUUCACCAGCCAUGUUUUUCAUUUCAUCCUUAAGCGAUUCAGCAUCCCUUUGUUGGUUUCUCAGAUUCUUGCUGGAAUGAUCCUUGGUAAGGCAGGCCUCGGGUUGCAAGCAGAUUACAAAAGGAUCAUGUUUGCGAUCGACAGUGAUCAACUGUUUGGCACAAUUGGUGGAUUCGGUUUCCAACUCUUUGUAUUUCUAAAUGGAGUUAAAAUGGAUUUAAGCCUAAUAAGAAAGACAGGGAGAGUGGCCCUUUGCAGCGGUGUGCUGUCUAUGGUGAUGCCUGUACUAUUUGGUGCGGUAACCACGUCGAUUGUCAACAGUUACUUGGGGCUACUCGAACUAGAUAAGCUUUCGCUUUCCUUGGUGAUGUUAGUGCAUUCUAUGACUCCGUUUCCUGUCACCUGUAGCUUUGUCAGUGACCUCAAACUAACCCAUUCAGAGCUUGGCAGAUUAGGACUCUCAGCAGCAUUAAGCAGUGAAUUACUGACCCAAUUUCUUGCAUGUAAUGCCGUCCUUGUAGGCAUUUUUUACCAGUAUCAUUAUCAAGGAGCUCUUAAAAUUGUAGCAAUAUAUGCGGCCUUUGUUAUUCUGACUGUUUUUUUGUUGAGACCGGCAAUGCUCUGGGUGAUCAAACAAACACCCGAAGGAAGGCCUGUCAGAGAUUUAUAUAUUUACUUCAUCGUUCUAGGCGCAUUGGUUUCUAGUCUAAUAUUUCAGUUUAUUGGCCUAAACAUGUUCCUUGGGUCACUUGCUUUUGGAUUGGCUGUACCAGCAGGACCUCCUCUUGCAUCAGCUCUCGUUGAGAAGUUCGAAUGCAUGGUCUCAGGCGUACUUAUACCUCUCUUUAUGGCCAUGUGCACGAUGAAAACAAAUUUUAGGGAUAUCAAUUUUCACAAAAAAUUAACGAAGGGCACAGCAAUCGUCGUCACUGUAGUCAGCUUGACCAAAUUUGGAGCUUGCUUGGUAACUCUCUUUUAUUACAGGAUGCCAAAACAGGAUGCCUUCGCACUUGCUUUCAUAAUAAGCUCCAAAGGGAUCGUUGAGCUGGGCGUGUAUGCACUUAUCUCAGAAUCAGGGGUAUUUACUGAAGGGAUGUUCUCCUUUUUGGCCAUUACCAUUCUAGUGUCAGCAACCAUCUCGCCUAUUUUCGUGAACUGGCUGUAUGAUCCAUCAAGGAAAUAUGCAGGCUAUCAGAAAAGGAACAUUAUGCAUAGCAAAGAUCUGUGUGUGCUAGCAUGCAUUUACAGGCCAGAUAACGUGACCAGCAUCAUCAAUUUUCUCCAAGCCUUGUGUCCAACUCUAGAGAGCCAAGUUUCUGUUUGUGCGCUUCAUCUUAUCAAGAUCAGUGGGCGAGCCACCUCGCUCUUCAUUUCCCACCAGAAGCAGAAAAAGUCUCUCUCUGCCCGCUCCAUUUCUGAGAAUGUCAUUCUCUCUUUCAGUAACUUCUGGCGAAACAAUUGCGAGAUAGAAUCUGUGAAUGUCUUCACAUCAAUCUCUCCAACCAAAUUCAUGCACCAGGACAUAUGCACACUUGCAUUGGAUGAACUUGCAUCCUUUAUAGUGCUUCCAUUUCAUCUAAAAUGGCUUGUUGAUGGGUCUAUUGAGUCACAGGACUCUAGAUUUAGGACACUGAAUUGUUGUGUCCUUGAGAGAGCACCAUGCUCAGUGGGGAUCCUCAUCGACCAUGGUAAUCAAGUAAAUUCCAUUUCCAGGGAAUCAUCAAGAGAGCAGUCCCUACUUGUUGCUCUGAUAUUCUUCGGAGGCGAAGAUGAUCGAGAAGCUCUGGUGUUGGCUAAACGCAUGUCUCAGCACAGAAACAUUAGCCUAACAAUAAUCCAUUUCGUUCUCUCAACUUGUGAGAUUAAAUCUGAUUGGGAGAAAAUGCAAGAUUCUGAGAGGUUGAGGAAUAUUAAGCCUGGCUCUAUAGAGCAUGGAGAAGUGAAAUAUAUUGAGGAGACGGUAAGCGAUGGACUGGAAACUUCAAAGAGAAUCCGAUCAAUCCUCAAUAAAUAUGACCUCUUUAUUGUUGGGAGAAGGAAAGAUGUGGAAACAAUACAAACAGCGGGUCUUGAUUAUAUGAACGAGUACCCAGAGCUUGGUGUCAUUGGAAAUCUGCUCGCUUCAAUGGAAACCACUGAAAGAUACUCAGUCUUGGUUGUACAGCAACAGAUAUCCUUGUAAAGCACAGUCAUUCAAACUUUUCUGUUUAGUUUUUGUUA